GGGGACGUUUCUGCUCGGUGAUGACGCAGAGACGUCAGCAGUGGGUGGGCGGAAAAGCGGUAGUGUGUUUCGGUAGCUGAGGAUAAAGCCCGAACCGGGUGUUUUUAUUUCGAGGAUUCACUCAGAGGGAAGACUGAAGGGACUUUAGCGCGUCCCCUGCUGAAAAUGGCGGUCCCCGCGGGUCAGACGGACGUCCAGAUGGACAGAGGCGCCCCGAGCGACCAGACGGUCCCCCCCGAGAACAACAUUGACAUCGACGAGAGAGAGUUGGAAAACAUCACAAAGAAACAGCGAGAAGGCGACACGGCGACGCUGCCUUUGCACUCACCUUGGACGUUUUGGCUGGACAGGUCAUUACCGGGCACCACGGCUGCAGAGUGUGAAUCCAACCUGAAGAAGAUCUACACAGUGCAAACCGUUCAGAUGUUCUGGAGCGUGUAUAACAACAUCCCUCCUGUCACAGCACUGCCUCUCAGGUGUAGCUAUCAUUUAAUGCGAGGAGAGCGACGGCCACUGUGGGAAGAAGAAAGUAAUGCCAAAGGAGGUGUAUGGAAGAUGAAAAUCCCAAAAGAAAACAGUUCUACAGUUUGGAAGGAGUUGUUACUCGCUACCAUCGGUGAGCAGUUUGCAGAUUACUGCACCUCAGACGACGAGGUUGUGGGUGUCAGUGUUAGUGUUCGAGAUCGGGAAGAUGUUGUACAAAUAUGGAAUAAAGAUGCAACUCUUGCUAACGAAUCAAAUAUUUUGGGAAAAGUCUAUGAGCUGCUUCCUUAUAUAUCAUUUAAAGCUGUUUUUUAUAAAUCUCACAUGGAACAUCACGCCUUUGAGGGAGGACGCUCGAGACAUUAGAUCCUGAUGCACUUUAAAAAAAAAACCUGAACUCUGAACCUGGCCAUGUCCACCACAUAGUUAAGGAUAUUAAUUUUGCUUUCAACAAGAAAAUGUUCUCAAUAUAUUUUUAUAGCUUUUAAUGACUGCUGCCUUGUUUUACCUUAUGGCUCCUAAAGCUCUGAAUUCCUCAGAGGAUGUACAUUCAGUGUAAAUCCAAAUGUCCUUGGUUUGUGUUGGCUGUGGCUUCCUGCUUUACUGAACUGCACUGUCAGGGUCUCRUCUGUCUGUGGACCCCACAUGUCAAGCUCUCCUAUACAGAGUUACAUCAUCUAGUCUGUUUUUGCUGUAAAAUGUCUGCAUUCACAUCAUGAUCCASUCAGCUUGUUUAGUGCCAGAGCACUAUUCUGCUCUUUAAGAUGUUUGUGUUGUAAUAAUUCAAGGGUUUCAUUCAGUGAGAGAGAAUAUUCUUUUCAUUUUCAUAAAUGUUCAUCRACUGCAUCAAACUUAAAUUAGGCUACAGUGAAACUCCUGCAAGGUUGCAGUUCAGUUUGCUUCACUUCUGUUUUUUGUUUUAGAACCUAAAAGCAAAAUUAAMAGAGAAAUACGGAGCCCACGRKGGAACAUGGAGGRAUUUUGUUUUCUUUUGCGUUCCCACGCAMAAGUCGUUUAUCACUGUUGUGCCUGGCGGUUUAUUAAAAAUACACAAGCUCACCAUUAGCGAGUUAGCCUACUAUAAGUUAGCUUCGGAAUGAUAAUA